AACAAAAUGGAAAAAUUAAUUAAGCUUGGAAUUUUAUGACAACAAUGAAUGAGUUUGAGCAAAUAAAAGAAGCAUACGUACCAAUAAGUUGUUAGUUCAAUCAUAAAUGUUAUGAAAUCGGUUAGUUGAAUUCAGUCUCAUUUUAUCGAGUUGGUUGAGUUGGUUUCCGACUGAGCAUCUCGAAUUCGAAUCCUAAAAUCAAACAAAAACAUCAAAAACGUCACCUUCAAGAACAAUUGAGGCUCCAUUUUCUCUUCCUUUCUCUCUUUUUUAAUUUUUCAACUAUUGAAGUGGGAUUUUUCCUUUAUAAAUACUAGCCAAACCAGUUCGAUUUUUCCAGGGUUCCAACUUCCAUUGGUUUUCAUUGUAGUUUUCAUUUUUGUUCCUUUUGCUGUGUUUUAGACAUGGGAACUCAAGCUCCAUCUGGCAAUGAUUAUGCCCGGAACAAUAGUUAUGAAGAAAAAUUAGCGCAGCAGAAAGCAAUUGAAGAUUGGCUGCCAAUUACCUCAUCAAGAAAUGCAACCUGGUGGUAUUCAGCUUUCCACAAUGUCACUGCUAUGGUUGGAGCCGGUGUCCUCAGUCUCCCCUAUGCCAUGUCAGAGCUUGGAUGGGGUCCUGGUGUGGCUGUCCUAGUCCUAUCAUGGAUUAUUACUUUGUAUACUCUAUGGCAAAUGGUUGAGAUGCAUGAGAUGGUUCCAGGAAAACGUUUUGACAGAUACCAUGAAUUGGGUCAACAUGCCUUUGGUGAAAAACUUGGUCUCUACAUUGUGGUACCACAGCAACUUAUUUGUGAAGUUGGUGUCUGCAUAGUAUACAUGGUUACUGGAGGCAAAUCACUGAAGAAGUUCCAUGACACUGUCUGCAGUACCUGCAAACAGAUAAAACUAACCUAUUUCAUCAUGAUUUUUGCCUCUGUUCACUUCGUGCUGUCUCAUCUUCCCAACUUCCACUCCAUUUCUGGUGUCUCCUUGGCGGCAGCAGUCAUGUCCUUGAGUUACUCCACUAUUGCUUGGGGAGCUUCAGUAGCUAAGGGUGUUCAGCCAGAUGUGCAAUAUGGCUACAAAGCUAAGACAGCCACAGGAACAGUGCUCAACUUCUUCAGUGCCUUGGGUGAUGUAGCUUUUGCCUAUGCUGGCCACAAUGUGGUCUUGGAGAUCCAAGCUACAAUUCCAUCUACACCUGAGAAACCAUCAAAAGGACCCAUGUGGAGAGGUGUUGUCAUUGCCUAUAUCGUUGUGGCCAUGUGCUACUUCCCUGUUGCUUUAAUCGGGUAUUGGAUGUUUGGCAAUUCUAUUCAAGACAACAUUCUCAUCUCAUUGGAGAAACCAGCAUGGCUUAUUGCAAUGGCUAACAUUUUUGUUGUUGUUCAUGUUAUUGGAAGCUACCAGGUCUAUGCUAUGCCAGUGUUUGACAUGAUAGAAACUGUACUAGUAAAGAAACUACAUUUCAGGCCAACUAGAACACUUCGAUUCAUUGCACGAAAUAUUUAUGUUGUGUUCACAAUGUUCGUUGGCAUUACCUUCCCUUUCUUCAGUGGUCUUCUUGGAUUUUUCGGAGGAUUUGCCUUCUCACCAACAACAUACUUUCUCCCUUGCAUCAUAUGGCUUGCCAUCUACAAACCAAGAAAGUUCAGCUUAUCCUGGUGGACUAACUGGAUCUGCAUUAUAUUAGGUGUUCUCUUGAUGGUCAUAUCACCAAUUGGAGGGUUGAGGCAAAUCAUCAUUCAAGCUAAGGACUAUCAAUUUUACUCUUAAAUUGUUGUCUUCCCACAAUA